AUGAUGAUAAUUGAAAUGGUCAAAAAAGAAUUUAAAAAGACAAAGAAGAAAUUAGAGAGGUUUGAGAAAAGAAAAUAUGAGUUAGAAUGUAAGUUGGAUAACAAAAAGUAUGGGAUAAAAAAG